AUGACUAGCAAUGAAGAUUUGCUAGCCAGGAACUUUGACACUCGUGUUGCAUUUAUUUUCUUGGAUUUAAGUGGUAUGAAAAUUGCAGUUGCUUUGUGGGACAGUUUUGCACUGAAGUUGAAUACUUACAUCUCACAACAUCAUAAUGAAACUGCUCCGGUUAUCAUUUGGCCAAACUCAAAAUUGGGGUGGUCAGCCUCAAGUUGGUAA